AUGUCUUCCACUACUAAUUCUUCAAAUCAAGAUGAUUAUGAAUAUAUCAAUGAUACUUCUUCAAAUUCUUCUCAACGAAGCCGUUCAUCAACUACAAACUCAGAAUAUCAAACAUUCGAGCAUUUUAUGAAAACAAAUUAUUCGGCUGAACAAAGAAGAGCAGAUUUCAAAAAUCAUCAUUUUCACAGUUUCGACGAUCAACAUCGUAAAAGAUAUCCAGAUUGGAACUAA